AUGUCGAGCUUCACUCAGCCUCGCAUCAAUUGGGACAACAAGGUUCAGCCGCUGGUCCGGUGUGCCCUUUCCGAGUCCCCAGCCCCUGUGCUUAAGAAGAGUCUCGCAGCUAAAGUGCAAGAGGCGUCUCGUCAUCCUUGGGGACUGGUUGAUCAUCAUCUAUAUCUAGCAGCCAUUGAGCGAGGCAGGGAUUGCCCCACUCGCCUUGAUGCUUGCAUGCUUCAAGAGGGUGAGAGAUUCCGCAACGUUUGUUUCGAUGAGCUCCGUGACAUUAAUGCAUCCGCUCGCCUGUCAACGUGUUCCCAUCUCAUUACGUUUAUGAAUAUGCCCAUGUUGCCUUUGUCUACUUUAGCCCCAUUAACCGAACAGAAACUCGUCCUGGGAUUUGAUCUCCAGCGACAGCACCUCUUGGGAUAUUUCUUCAAAUCAGCCCCCGAUGACCUUACUGACUUAUGCUAUGUAUGGCACCAAGGCCAACUAGUUAUUGACAUGCAUAUUUACCGUUUCCUGGAGAUGCACCAAUACACCGUGCAGAAUCACUUAGAAAUCUGCGGAGUAGGCAUGUUCCGAUAUUUUCGGGAAAGCAAGCGCGAGCUCCCCACCGGUAUGGACCUGGUUGUGACAAUUCAGUUCGCACAAUUCCUCCAUGACUUCGCAGAACUAGUCUGGGGGGGAAACAACACCGAAUCUCGCAGCCAGCACGCCGACUCCGAGGAGUACCUUCGAACUCUCCUGUCCAAGGCCUCAUGGGACUCCUGGUUUGCAGUGCGGGACGGACUAACACUCCAGCAGUACCGACAAAAGAAAAUGGAUAAGAUGAGCCAGUUGGCUUCGUGUGAUUUGCUAUUCGACCGGCCCUCCACCGUGCCAAGCAUCCAGUCUGUUCCGCAGCUCCCGGUGAACUCAAGCUUGAUUGCAAGCUCACCAGGCCCAACUGUUCUGUUAAACAUGGUUCCAGUGCUGGGGCAGUUGCAGAACGUUCAGAUACAGAUACUCCAAGCAUUUUUUGCGUUGAUCUAUGUCUUUGCGCUGAUCCCCUAG